AGCUUGCAUGCUUGCCUUGACCUGAAAAACUCCUCUAUCCUACUCGAUUAGAGCUAUAGGCCAUGGAAACUACUACGUUCUUCAUUUCCCUACUAGUUCUCUUUUUUGCUUCUCUCUACUAUAUCUUCUAUAAAAUUAUUCCAAGCCCUAGGCAACAAGUAACAGUUUAUCAACUGCCACCAGGAAGCACAGGUUGGCCCAUCAUUGGUGAAACCUUCGAGUAUCUACGCACAGCCAGAAACGGUGUCCCUGAAAAGUUUGUAGCAGACCGAAGGAAAAAGUACUCCAAUGUCUCAUUAUCAUCGGCUGCAGCAACAGCAGGCUCGUGCAAGGUGUUCAAGACAUCGUUGCUUGGCGAAUCUAUGGCCAUGUUGUGCACCGCUGCUGGAAACAAAUUCCUGUUUUCAAACGAGAACAAACUGGUCAAGUCCUGGUGGCCUGCUAACUUCAAAAAGAUGUUUCCAAACACCGACAAAGCAGACUUCUCCAAAGAGACCAUCCGAAUGCGCGCAGUCAUGUCUACAUUUCUCAAGCCUGACGCUGUCCGAAAGCAUAUAGGCGUCAUGGAUCAGGUCACCAAACACCAUUUCGAUAAGCAUUGGUCCUCGCUGGAUCAAAAACAAGUGAUCAUGUUUCACUCACUAGCAAAGAAGUAUACCUUAGCAUUAUCUUGCAGACUCUUCUUAAACAUCGAGGAUCCACAAGUGAUUGCCAAGCUAGAGAAACCCAUUCGGCAUAUAAAUGCGGGGCUCGUUUCAUUGCCAGUAGAUCUGCCGGGCACCAACUUCAACAGAGCCAUCAGAGCAUCCAAGAAAAUGAGGGAGGAAAUUGAGAGUAUGGUUGUGCAGAGGAAGAUAGAUCUCAUGAAUCUGACUUUGAUUGAUCGUGAACAAUUAGCGAAUGCACCAGAAGAUCUAAUGUCUAGCUGGCUCAUGGAGACAUAUAGCGAUGGAGAAGAGAUGACGGAAGCGGACAUUGCCGAAAAGUUGUGGGGUAUAAUACUUGCCGGUUAUGACUCUAUAAUUAACACACUGUGUUCCACUGUCAUCUUUCUGUCACAGCUUCCUCCAGUUUAUGAUGCCGUCCUUAAAGAGCAAAUGGAGAUUGCAGAAUCGAAAGAUGAAGGAGAGUUGCUCAACUGGGGGGACAUACAAAAGAUGAAAUAUACAUGGAACGUGGUAUGUGAAGUAUUGCGAUUGCAGCCCCCAGCUAGUGGAACUUUUAGGGAGGCCAUCACCGACUUCGUCUAUGAGGGAUAUCUAAUUCCAAAAGGAAUGAAGUUACAUUGGAAUGCUUUUGCCACACAUAAGAACCCGGAAUACUUUCCAGAUCCACACAAGUUUGAGCCGUCAAGGUUUGAAGGACAAGGACCACCUCCUUUCUCGUAUGUUCCUUUUGGAGGAGGACCUCGAAUGUGUCCCGGAAAAGAAAAUGCUCGAUUCCAGAUAUUGGUUUUCAUGUAUAACCUGGUCACCAGAUUCAAGUGGGAGAUGGUUUUUCCUGACGAGAAGAUGGUCGUGGACCCUGUUCCUUUUCCUACCCAAGGACUUCCUAUUCAUCUGUUUUCUCAUAAAUCAUAAACGUGAUAAGUAUUGUAAUUGUUAUUUGUUUUGAAUAAGUAAAAGUCCUACUCUACUAGGACUUUGUUAGUGUUUAUCAAGUCAUCAACUUGAGAGUUGUUAGUCAUUGGGUAGUUGUUCCCAAUUUUCUGCUUAGUUUGUUUUGUACAGAGCUUGUUUUCAAUCAAUGAAAAUCAUUC